UGGGUUUCGUUCAGGUGGUGGAUGCAUUGAUCUUGUGUCCACCCUUCGUCAGUUGUUGGAACACCGCCACACGUAUUGCAUGCCAACGAUCGUUGUGUUUCUUGAUAUUAGGACCGCCUACGAUUCGUUGGACAGAACUGUGCUCUGGAACUGCCUGUUUGAGAGAAGUGUACCUGAGAAAUUUGUUAACAUCUUGAAAGCCCUAUACAGAAACACCUCAGGUAGAGUGAGGACAUACAACCAACUAUCAUCACUGUUCCCAACCAACAGUGGGGUUAGACAGGGUUUCCCAAUCUCUCCAUUUCUCUUUAACUUUGCCAUCGAUGACAUUCUGAAGUCAGAUCUGAAGGAUGUGCGUGAAGGUGGUGUAGAUCUGCUACCUGGAGGUAGACUUCCGACCUCGAGUAUGCAGACGAUAUCGUCUUACUGUGCGAUAGCAUGCAGGCUGCCCGAAUCGCACUUAAUCAGUUGGCGAUCAUUGUCUGUAUGUAUGGUAUGUGCUUUGCGCCGUCUAAGUGCAAAGUACUGUUACAAGAUUGGCAGGAGCCUGUACCUGCACUCACUCUUGCGGGUGAACCGCUUGAAGUUGUUGAUAAGUUUGUGUAUCUGGGUAGCUGUGUGAGUGCUGGCAGAGGGGUGACGGAUGAGAUUCCUAAUCGUAUAAUGAAGGCUGGGGUGGCAUACAUCAACUUGAGCCACCUAUGGCGCCGUCAUGAUGUUAGCCUGGUUGUCAAAGGUCGGGUAUACAAUACUUCGGUGCGGGCUGUCUUGCUUUACGACUGUGAAAUCUGGCCUCUCCGAGCUGAGGAUGUUCGGCGACUCUGUGUGUUCAAUCAUCGCUGUCUCCACAGGAUUGCUUGCGUUUGAUGGCCAAGAAUCGUAAUCAAUGGCGAACGUGUUGCAAUUUCCU